AUGUGCCUCAGGUGGCUUUUUCUCUACACUUUAGUGUUGUUCAAAAUUAUAGAAGCCGGAGAAGUUGGUGAUAAAUGUAAACCAAUAGACAAGUUUAAUGAUGGUACUUGCAAGUUAGUUGUUGAAUGCGAGGCUGCCAUAAGAUUAAUCAAACAAUUAGGACAUCAUCCCUUCAGUAGAUGUGGUUUUAAUAGUUUGACUGAAAUUGUUUGUUGUCCACCUGAUUCCUAUGUAAUAAAAUCUACAAGUGAAUCACCUAAUAAGCCCGUUGAUAAAUAUGGUGAAACAAAUCCUCGGGCUCUCAGAAUAGCAGAUAGAGAAUGUCAAAAAAUUGUGAAGAAUAGCUUGCCACCUUUGGGUUUACACAUUAUAGGUGGUGAUAAUGUAUCUGCUGGGGAAUUCCCACACAUGGUUGCACUCGGAUAUGAGCGGACGGAUGGCUACGAAUUUCUUUGUGGUGCAUCGUUAAUAUCGAACAUUUAUAUUUUAUCUGCAGCCCACUGCGUUGAUACUUUAGAUCAAGUAAAGCCCAGCAUAGCGCGUUUGGGAGUGAUAGAGAUCAGCGGUCGAGAGUUUAAUGAAGCAUCGGACGUGAGAAUCGAGAAAAUUAUAACACAUCCCAGUUAUAUGAGGCGCAUUAAAUAUCAUGAUUUGGCAAUAAUCAAGUUAGAAAGGCCAGUACAGACAUCAAUGUAUAUUAAUCCAAUAUGUCUUUACACGAAAGAUGAAGAUCCCUCCAUACCAUUGACAAUUACCGGUUGGGGUAAAACGAGCAACACUAGGGACAUAAAGAGCACGCUACUUCUGAAGGCGAACGUGACGGUGGAGACGCGUAACAAAUGCGAGGAGUCUUACUCGAACUGGCGGAAGCUGCCUGAGGGCAUCUCGGAGAAUCAAAUCUGUGCCGGCGAUCCCCUAGGAUUGCAUGAUACUUGUCAGGGCGACUCCGGCGGGCCGCUGCAGGGGCUGACGGCGCGCGACGGGCAGUACCGGCUGGUGGGCGUGACGUCAUUCGGGCGCGGCUGCGGCUCGCCCAUACCCGGCGUCUACACGCGCGUCUCAAAGUACCUCGACUGGCUCGAAAGCGUGGUCUGGUCGAACACA